UAAAUCUUUCACGCAACAGGACACAUACCUGUCCUGUGGCUACUCGUUGAAACCUCGGACAUUCUCUGUUCAUCGACGGUGCAUGCGGUGAAUCUCACCGCCGAGGCCCACAGCGGGCGAGGCGCUCUUGUCUUCUCCUUCUCUGCAUCUUAUCCAUUCCUCUCCUCCCCAUUCUCUCUGGUAGCACUCUCAGAUCCAACCCUCAGCGACGGCCAUUAGAAGCUUGCCAUGGAAGCUAUGAAGACCGCCGCCGACUGACUCUUCCCCAUGAUCCAUGAUUUUUUCUGCCGACCCGCCUAGCAGUUCUUCUACCACCGGUCACCAUCGUCUUCCUCAACCCCGUCCUGCGGACAUUGCCAGCUCAAUGGACGAUGAUGAUUUCAUAGUCAAGGGGCUUCCACAGCUCUCUGCCAUCUCUGUUACCAUUAGCAGAAGGUAUAUGCUUGAACAGGCUAUCAAGCGAAUCCGCGCUACAAUGCAUGCAUUUGAGCUAACUGAUGAUGAUGACGCCACGUUGAUGGCAUCAGUGAAAAUCGAUCUACAACCUCACAGCAAAAGCAUAUUGCCAACCCAACAGGUGUUCUUUGGAGAAUCAACUCAAUUUGCCAGCGACGCUGUUGAAUCAGCAUGUUCUGCUGCUUUGUCCUAUCUGUUGACGACGGGCAUAAUUACGAUAGAUGACUACAACUCAGCAGAUCUGAAUAAUUGCCAGAGACAACUCAAAGCUGAGCAGUUCUGGUCAUCAGAGCUAUAUGAUCGUGUGGAGUCGUUUCAAAAACAGCUCAGCUCCUUGACUACAACAAAGAAGAGGCCUAGUUCAGAGAGUAAUGAUGAUAGCACUCCAACAGCUAAAUGUGUGAAUAAAUCAGAGGAUGGCCUCAACGACACUCCGGGUUCGCUGCCGCCAAACAAAGAAACAUCAACCAAUGAAACAGAUCACAGCUCCAGCAAAGAAAUAAUAUCUCAGCCUGUUGCCCGCAGAGCUUUACUCUUUAAAGACUAAAUGCACGGAUCACAUGGUGCGUAGACAGGACUAAUGUUGCUCAAAUGUGAGCAUACGUGCACGUGUUCAAGGAGUUUUGCCCUCUGUCUAUGCCUCAAGUCUCAAUGAUGGCUCUCCAUAUUAUCGCUACCAUGUCUUAUUUGUUUUGUUUGCUCAGCAAAUGUUUUGUUGUACAAGAAUUAGACGACACUGGACCUGUAUAAUUAUAUCCUACUCAUGCAGUUUAUUAUGUAAG